AUGCAAUUCGCCAAGUCUCUCAUGCUGCUCGCAGCCCUCACCACCGGUACCCUGGCCAGACCCGCCUUCGAGCGCCGCCAGGCCACCUCAGGCACCAGCGACAGUAGCUGGACCGCCACGCCCUCCGAUGGCUCAUACUCCACCGCUGGAUUCGGCAGCUCCACCAGCUCAUCAGGCUCAGGCGAAACAUACUCCGGCAACGUCGGCAACCCCUACGGUAGCAACAUCAUCUCCGUUGACGCCUCGUCCGCCAGCAACUACAAGUACGUUGCGCAGUUCACAGGCUCGAACACCGAGGACUGGACCGUUGCCAUCUUCAACAAGUACGGCCCUGAUGGCAAGAUGACAGGCUGGUUCGGCAACGCCUGUAACACUUUCACUCUUGCCGCCGGCGAGACCAAGUACAUUGCCUUCGACGAGGACACCAAUGGUGGCUGGGCCGCCGCCUCCGGCUCCACCAUCCCCACCGAUACUAUGGGUGGCUACGCUUCCACCUGGGGUGAGUUCGACUUCGGCUCCACUACCAACAAUGGCUGGUCUGGAUUUGAUGUGUCGGUUAUUUCUGCUCAGAAUGCUGGCAUGUCCAUCUCUGGUAUGAAGAUCUGUGAUGCCCUUGGCUCUGUUUGCUCUUCUGUCACCGAGAAUGCCGGUACUGUCGAUAACGCUUACACCUCCGCUGAGACUGAUGUCGGUGGUAUUGGUGCUAACUUGGCCUCUGGUCCCGUUCGUCUGGCUGUUACCAUUGAUUACAGCGGUUAA